AUGAUGCAAGACACCUUAACUAUUCCCGGUUACACCAUUUAUCGGGAAGAGGAAACUGGUUCCUCUCAAGUAGACGCUGCACCCCUUCAAAUCCCUCUUCAUCCUCUGGAUCAGCUAUCGAUUGAAGAGGUUCGGGCGACUGCAAAGAUCAUCCGAAACCAUGCUGCUUUCCACGCAGUCAAAUUCAACUGCAUCACCCUCCGCGAACCUCGCAAAGAUGAAUACACGGCCUUCAAGUCCGGCCAGCUGGCGAGACUCGACCGCCGCGCCUUUGCCAUUGUCAUUGACAAGACUUCCGGCCAGGUCGCCGAGGUGAUUGUGAACCUCACCGAGGGUACCGUGGAGGAGACCCUAGCUCGUGAGGACGUCGCUCCGACCCUGACCCUCGAGGACCUUGACGUCUGCGAGCGUAUUUGCCGCGCCGACGAGCGCGUGAUUCGUGUUUGCCGCGAAAUCGGCAUCACCGACAUGUCCAAGGUGUUCCUCGACGCCUGGGCCAUUGGCUUUGACGACCGCUGGGGCAUGGACCGCCGUCUGCAGCAGGGUCUGGCCUACUACCGUGACUCUGCCUCGGACAACCAGUACGCCCACCCGCUCGACUUUAGCGUCGUGCUCGACACGGACAAGGAAGAGGUCCUGGCCGUCGACGUGCGCCUGGUCAAUGGCGAGCGUACCCCCGUGCCACUCGAGCAGCACAACUACCUGCCCGAGUAUAUUGGCAAUGGCUACGUCCACGACAGCCUCAAGCCCAUUGACAUUACGCAGCCUCAAGGACCUUCCUUCCGCAUGGAGGGCAACGAGCUGCACUGGGCUGGCUACAAGAUGCACAUUGGCUUCAACUACCGUGAAGGUAUCGUCUUGUCCGAUGUGAGCAUGUUCGAUAUGUACGAGCAGCGCCAGCGUGACCUUUUCAACCGCAUCAGUGUUGUGGAAAUGGUUGUGCCAUAUGGAAACCCUCAGUCUCCUCACCAAAAGAAGCACGCUUUCGAUGUCGGAGAAUACGGCACCGGUUUGAUGACGAACAGUCUCAAACUCGGCUGCGACUGCAAGGGUGUGAUCCAGUAUCUGGACGCAGUGCUUUCAACUGCCGACGGUCUUCCCGCCGUUAUCAAGAAUGCCAUCUGCAUCCACGAGGAGGACAAUGGUCUCCUGUACAAGCACACGGAUUACCGUGACGGUUCCGUGAUCUCGGCCCGUGACAGGCGCCUGAUCGUCUCCCAGAUCAUCACGGCCGCCAACUACGAAUACGCCUUUUACCACAUUUUCACACUCGACGGCACCUACAAGCUCGAGGUCAAGCUGACCGGUAUGCUCAACACCUACUGCCUGCACUCUUCCGAGACGGCAGCUCCGUACGGCACCGAGGUGGCUCCCGGCAUCGACGCCCACAACCACCAGCACAUCUUCUCCCUGCGCGUGGACCCGGCCAUUGACGGACCUAGAAAUAGCGUCAUUGAGCAGGACGCCGUGCCGUCCGACUACGCCGUCGGCUCUCCGGAGAACAUGUACGGCAACGCCUUCUUGUCCAAGCCGACGCUGCUCAAGACGGCGCGCGAGGGCGUGCGCGACUACCGCCACGAGACGAGCCGCGCCUGGGCCAUUGUCAACCCGCACAGCAUCAACCCGUCGUCCAAGAAGCCCGUGUCGUACAAGAUCAUCAACAACAACUGCCCGCCUCUGCUCGCCAAGCCGGGCAGCAUGGUCCACGGCCGCGCGGCCUUUGCGCGACACAGCCUCUGGGUCCUCCCCUACCGAGACUAUGAGCUCUUCCCGGCCGGCGACUACGUGUGCCAGAGCGCCGGGCAGCUGGGCCACCCGCACAACCCGACCAUUGUCGACUGGGUGGAGCGCGACGCCGACGAGUCCAUUGCCGACGCCGACGUCGUCUGCUACAUUCAGUUCGGCCUCACCCAUUUCCCCCGCACCGAGGACUUUCCCGUCAUGCCCGCCGAGCCCGUCAGCGUCAUGCUCCGCGCCUCCAACUUUUUCGUCAAGAACCCGGCCCUCUGGGUCCCGCCCACCGCCAUCAACAAGGACAUGUCGUCGCAAUAUGCUGAUGCCUGCGCGACUCCGGGUGCUCAGCCGGCCCCAGCAGCAGCGUCAACCUCCUGCUGCGCUGCCAAGAAAGUCCCGAGCAAGCUGUAG